CGAGCACAGGAAGGAAAAGAUCGCGCAGAGGUGCGAAGAGAAUCCCUCGAUUUCUUUGGAAAGACGCUGCAUCUCCUCCUCCAAAGCCAGGAUGAAGGCUCCGGUGUGCCUGGUUGAGAACAGAAGAAAUCGCCUCCAUGUUUCUCCGGAGGCCCUUCGGUUGCUCUCAGACAUCCGGCAGCCAGUGGUGGUGGUGUCCAUCGUGGGACCGUAUCGCACGGGCAAGUCCUACCUGAUGAACAAGCUGGCUGGCAAAAAUUCAGGUUUCCCUUUGGGCUCCAUAGAGGAAGCAGAAACAAAAGGAAUCUGGAUGUGGUGUGUUCCCCAUCCAGACAGGCCUAACCAAACCCUUGUCCUGCUGGAUACUGAGGGAUUAGGUUAUCCAGAAAAGGGCAGUCCUGAAAAUGAUGCCUGGAUCUUCACUUUGGCUGUGUUGCUGAGCAGCACCCUCAUCUACAACAGUAUUGGGACCAUUGAUCAGACUGCCCUGGACAAGCUUCAUUUUGUGACGGAGCUGUCUGAACUUAUCAAGGCAAAGUCUUCCUCCACUACUGGAGAUACAGAUGACUCUUCUGAAUUUGUUUGCUUCUUCCCAAACUUUGUUUGGUCUGUGCGAGAUUUCACACUGCAGCUGCAACGGGAUGGGAAAUCCAUCACAGAGGAUGAAUAUCUCAAACAUGCUCUGAAAUUAAAAGAAGGUGACAGCAAGAAGGAGCAGGCAUUCAAUCUGCCACGGCAAUGCAUCCGACUGUUCUUCCCCACCCGGAAGUGCUUCGUCUUUGAUUGCCCUACUAAAAGUAGGAACUUACCCUAUGUGGAAAAGAUGGUGGAUAAUCAGCUGGAGCCUGAAUUUGUGGAACAAGCAAAGAAAUUCUGUCAUCAUAUCUAUGAAACAUCUCGAGAAAAGACUCUUCCAGGAGGGCACAUUGUCACUGGCAACUUGUUGGCAAAGCUAGUCAAAGCCUAUGUGGAUACUAUCUCUAGUGGGAACGUUCCCUGCCUGGAGAAUGAAGUCUUGGCCUUGGCAGAGGUUGAGAACAGGGUAGCCGUGCAGGAAGCUGUUGCUCACUAUGCGCAACUGAUGGAGCAAAGCGUGGAGCUACCCACUGAGACUCUCCAGGAACUCCUGGAUGUACACAAAAAAUGUGAGGAAGAAGCCCUCAAGAAGUUCAUGGAUCGUUCCUUUAAGGAUGAUACACGUCAAUUCCAGGCUGAAUUCAUGAAAACUGUGAAUAGCAAAAAGGAAGAGUACUGCAGCAAAAAUGGGCUGAAAUCUUCUGAAAUCUGUUCAGCUUUAUUGAGCUCACUCUCUGAGAACCUGGAGCAGAACAUCAAGAACGGAAGCUACUCCCGAUCUGGUGGUCACCAGGAAUUUGUAAAUGACCUCCAAAAAGUGGAGAAACAAUUCUUGGAGACACCUAAGAAAGGAAUAAUGGCAGGGAAAAUCCUGAAAGAAUUCCUCCAGAGCAAGGAAAACAUCAGCAAAACCAUCCUUCAAUGUGACAUGAGCCUUCAAAAGAAAGAUAAGGAAACAGAAGAUGCAAAGAUGAAAGCAAAAGCAAAAGAAUUAGAGGAUGAGGUUCAGAAGCAAAAAGAGGAAAUGGGGCAACAGAAGUUUGCGGACCAGAAACAGAGUUAUGAGAUGACCCUUCAGAAGCUAAUGGAGAAAUUGGAGGAAGAAAGGAAACAGAUCCUGGAAGAGCUGAAGAAAAUGAUCCAAAGGACACUGAAGGAGGAAUUGGCCGCUUUCGGCUACUGCAGCUGUAAAAAAUCCGUGAGAGGAGCGCAGGAGGAAAAAGAACACGGAGGGCUGCGAAGAGAGUCGGGGAGUGAUCCAUUGAUUUCUUUGGAAAGAUGCUGCAUCUCCUCCAAAGCCAGGAUGGAGGCUCCGGUGUGCCUGGUUGAGAACAGAAGAAAUCGCCUCCAAGUUUCUCCGAAGGCCCUUCGGUUGCUCUCAGAUAUCCAGAAUCCGGUGGUGGUGGUGUCCAUCGUGGGACCGUAUUACACGGGCAAGUCCUACCUGAUGAACAGGCUGGCUGGCAAAAAUUCAGGUUUCUCUUUGGGCGCCACAGUGGAAGCAAAAACGAAUGGAAUCUGGAUGUGGUGCCUUCCCCAUCCGGACAGGCCUAACCAAACCCUUAUCCUGCUGGAUACUGAAGGGUUGGGUGACGUGGAAAAGGGCAGUCCUGAAAAUGAUACCUGGAUCUUCUCUUUAGCCGUGUUGUUGAGCAGCACCCUGGUCUACAACAGUGUGGGGACCAUUGAUCAGACUGCCCUGGACAAGCUUCAUUUUGUGACGGAGCUGUCUAAACAUAUCAAGGCCAAGUCUUCCUCCACUCCUGGAGAUACAGAUGACACAUCUGAAUUUGUUGGCUUCGUCCCAACCUUUGUCUGGGCUGUGCGAGAUUUCACACUGCAGCUGCAACGGGAUGGGAAAUCCAUCACAGAGGAUGAAUAUCUUGAAAAUGCUCUGAAAUUAAAAAAAGGUGACAGCAAGAAGGAGCAGGCAUUCAAUCUGCCACAGAAAUGCAUCCGAGUGUUCUUCCCCACCCGGAAAUGCUUCACCUUUUAUUGCCCUACUACACCUGAGAACUUAUGCAAUGUGGAACAGAUGUCAGAUGAUCAGCUGCACAAAGGUUUUGUGGAACAAGCAAAGAAAUUCUGCCAUUAUAUCUAUGAAACAUCUCAAGAAAAGACUCUUCCAGGAGGGCACAUUGUCACUGGCAACUUGUUGGCAAAGUUAGUCAAGGCCUAUGUGGAUACUAUCUCCAGUGGGAACGUUCCCUGCCUGGAGAAUGAAGUCUUGGCCUUGGCAGAGGUUGAGAACAGGGUAGCCGUGCAGGAAGCUGUUGCUCACUAUGCACAACUGAUGGAGCAUAGGGUGGAGCUACCCACUGAGACUCUCCAGGAACUUUUGGAUGUACACAAAAAAUGUGAGGAACAAGCCCUCAAGAAGUUCAUAGCUUGUUCCUUUAAGGAUGAUACACGUCAAUUUCUGGCUCAAUUCAUGAAAACUGUGGAGAGCAAAAAGGAAGAGUACUGCAGGAAAAAUGAGCUGAAAUCUUCUGAAAUCUGUUCAGCUUUAUUGAGCUCACUCUCUGAGAACCUGGAGCAGAAUAUCAAGAACGGACGCUACUCCCGACCUGGUGGCCAUCCGGAAUUUGUAAAUGACCUCCAAAAAGUGGAGAAAGAAUUCUUGGAGAUACCUAAGAAAGGAAUAAUGACAGGGAAAAUCCUGAAAGAAUUUCUCCAGAGCAAGGAAAACAUCGGCAAAACCAUCCUUCAAUGUGACGUGAGCCUUCAAAAGAAAGAUAAGGAAAUAGAAGAUGCAAAGAUGAAAGCAAAAGAAUUAGAGGAUGAGGUUCAGAAGCAAAAAGAGGAAAUGGGGCAACAGAAGUUUGCGGACCAGAAACAGAGUUAUGAGAUGAACCGUCAGAAGCUAAUGGAGAAAUUGGAGGAAGAAAAGAAACAGAUCCUGGAACAGCAGGAGAAAAUGAUCCAAAGGAAACCGAAGGAAUCUGUGGAUAGCAAAAAGGAAGAGUACUGCAGCAAAAAUGGGCUGAAAUCUUCUGAAAUCUGUUCAGCUUUAUUGCGCUCACUCUCUGAGAAUCUGGAGGAGAACAUCAAGAACGGAAGCUACUCCCGAUCUGGUGGCCACCAGGAAUUUGUAAAUGACCUCCAAAAAGUGGAGAAACAAUUCUUGGAGACACCUAAGAAAGGAAUAAUGGCAGGGAAAAUCCUGAAAGAAUUCCUCCAGAGCAAGGAAAACAUCAGCAAAACCAUCCUUCAAUGUGACGUGAGCCUUCAAAAGAAAGAUAAGGAAAUAGAAGAUGCAAAGAUCAAAGCAAAAGCAAAAGAAUUAGAGGAUGAGGUUCAGAAGCAGAAACAGGAAAUGGGGCAACAGAGGUUUGAGGACCAGAAACAGAGUUAUGAGAUGUCCCUUCAGAAGCUAAUGGAGAAAUUGGAGGAAGAAAAGAAACAGAUCCUGGAACAGCAGGAGAAAAUGAUCCAAAGGACACUUAAAGAAUCUGUGGAUAGCAAAAAGGAAGAGUACUGCAGCAAAAAUGGGCUGAAAUCUUCUGAAAUCUGUUCAGCUUUAUUGCGCUCACUCUCUGAGAAUCUGGAGCAGAAGAUCAAGAACGGAAGCUACUCCCGAUCUGGUGGCCACCAGGAAUUUGUAAAUGACCUCCAAAAAGUGGAGAAACAAUUCUUGGAGACACCUAAGAAAGGAAUAAUGGCAGGGAAAAUCCUGAAAGAAUUCCUCCAGAGCAAGGAAAACAUCAGCAAAACCAUCCUUCAAUGUGACGUGAGCCUUCAAAAGAAAGAGAAGGAAAUAGAAGAUGCAAAGAUGAAAGCAAAAGCAAAAAAAUUAGAGGAUGAGCUUCAGAAGCAAAAAGAGGAAAUGGGGCAACAGAAGUUUGCGGACCGGAAACAGAGUUAUGAGAUGAACCGUCAGAAGCUAAUGGAGAAAUUGGAGGAAGAAAAGAAACAGAUCCUGGAACAGCAGGAGAAAAUGAUCCAAAGGAAACCGAAGGAGGAAUUGGCCGCUUUCGGCUACUGCAGCUGUAAAAAAUCCGUGAGAGGAGCGCAGGAGGAAAAAGAACACGGAGGGCUGCGAAGAGAGUCGGGGAGUGAUCCAUUGAUUUCUUUGGAAAGAUGCUGCAUCUCCUCCAAAGCCAGGAUGGAGGCUCCGGUGUGCCUGGUUGAGAACAGAAGAAAUCGCCUCCAAGUUUCUCCGAAGGCCCUUCGGUUGCUCUCAGAUAUCCAGAAUCCGGUGGUGGUGGUGUCCAUCGUGGGACCGUAUUACACGGGCAAGUCCUACCUGAUGAACAGGCUGGCUGGCAAAAAUUCAGGUUUCUCUUUGGGCGCCACAGUGGAAGCAAAAACGAAUGGAAUCUGGAUGUGGUGCCUUCCCCAUCCGGACAGGCCUAACCAAACCCUUAUCCUGCUGGAUACUGAAGGGUUGGGUGACGUGGAAAAGGGCAGUCCUGAAAACGAUACCUGGAUCUUCUCUUUAACCGUGUUGUUGAGCAGCACCCUGGUCUACAACAGUGUGGGGACCAUUGAUCAGACUGCCCUGGACAAGCUUCAUUUUGUGACGGAGCUGUCUAAACAUAUCAAGGCCAAGUCUUCCUCCACUCCUGGAGAUACAGAUGACACUUCUGGAUUUGUUGGCUUCUUCCCAACCUUUGUCUGGGCUGUGCGAGAUUUCACACUGCAGCUGCAACGGGAUGGGAAAUCCAUCACAGAGGAUGACUAUCUUGAAAAUGCUCUGAAAUUAAAAAAAGGUGACAGCAAGAAGGAGCAAGGAUUCAAUCUGCCACGGAAAUGCAUCCGACUGUUCUUCCCCACCCGGAAAUGCUUCACCUUUUAUUGCCCUACUACACCUGAGAACUUAUGCAAUGUGGGACAGAUGUCGGAUGAUCAGCUGCACAAAGGUUUUGUGGAACAAGCAAAGAAAUUCUGCCAUUAUAUCUAUGAAACAUCUCAAGAAAAGACUCUUCCAGGAGGGCACAUUGUCACUGGCAACUUGUUGGCAAAGCUAGUCAAGGCCUAUGUGGAUACUAUCUCCAGUGGGAACGUUCCCUGCCUGGAGAAUGAAGUCUUGGCCUUGGCGGAGAUUGAGAACAGGGCAGCCGUGCAGGAAGCUGUUGCUUGCUAUGCGCAACUGAUGGAGCAAAGCAUGGAGCUACCCACUGAGACUCUCCAGGAACUCCUGGAUGUACACAAAAAUUGUGAGGAACAAGCCCUCAAGAAGUUCAUGGCUCGUGCAUUUACGGAUGAUAAAUAUCAAUUCCAGGGUGAAUUCAUGAAAACUGUGGAGAGCAAAAAGGAAGAGUACUGCAGGAAAAAUGAGCUGAAAUCUUCUGAAAUCUGUUCAGCUUUAUUGAGCUCACUCUCUGAGAACCUGGAGCAGAACAUCAAGAACGGAAGCUACUCCCGAUCUGGCGGCCACCAGGAAUUUGUAAAUGACCUCAGAAAAGUGGAGAAAGAAUUCUUGGAGACACCUAAGAAAGGAAUAAUGGCAGGGAAAAUCCUGAAAGAAUUCCUCCAGAGCAAGGAAAACAUCAGCAAAACCAUCCUUCAAAGUGACGUGAGCCUUCAAGAGAAAGAGAAGGAAAUAGAAGAGGGAAAAAUGAAGGCCAAAGCCAAAGAACUAGAGGAUGAGGUCCUGAGGCAGGAAAUAAAAAUGCUCCAACAGAUAAUGGAGGAUCAGAAACGGAGUUAUGAAAUGAACCUUCAGAAGAUAAUGGAGAAGAUGGAGGAAGAAAUGAAAAAGAUGAAGAAAGAGUAUGAGAAGAUGAUCUAAAGCAAACUCAGGGAACAGAAGGCUUUAUUCAAAGAGGAUUUCUUGGAGGUGGAGAAGCAACUGAGGAAGGAAAUCCAGCAGCUCAAAACCCAAAUCGAAGCACAAAGUUGGAGCAAUGCUUUUGUCCCACAUAUAAAGGCAAUCGAGAGUGCUACAGCACUUUUUAAAAGGUUUAAUCCUUUCUAAUCCAGAACUUCUGCAUGGAUUUUUAAAAAAGAUGUCCCUACUUUAAGAGUUGUAUAACCUUUCAGGGGUCAGGUUUUUUUUUUUUUAAGAAGUGAGAAACUCAAAGUAGUCUGGCAGAAGAAAAACAAGAUAAUUAGGACAAUAAAUAGUAUUUUCUAAAUCGAUUUUCUAAUCCAGAUAAUUUUAUUUCAAGUGAAAUUUCUCUCCCAGGAAGUGCCUCUACUUCCUAGAAAGGACCUGGCUGUGCUCAUGAUACAGUUAUUUUAGAUUCAUUACGUAGAUUUAAACUCAUGGUGUGCAAAAUCAUUCUUGGACCUUAAGGAUUUCUUUAAGAAGCCUGAGAUUUGAUUUCAAAGCGUCAUGAAAGGUUUCAUAAAUUGAAUUCAGGCUUCAUGUUAAUCUUCUCCUACGAUCUUGAUCAAAUCAAGAUAACGUGAUGUGUUAAUACCACUUUAUAAUGCCCUGGUAAGGCCACACUUGGAAUACUG